UUUGGUCCGAUGGCAGCUGCUUCGGCAUCCGCCGCCGUAACUCCGCCGCAAGGACCGGUUUCUUCUGCGGCUGCGCAGCCUGUAUCUGAAGGGGGACCGUCGAAGAAACCCAGAGGCAGACCCCCUGGCUCUUGCAAGAAGCAGCGACGUCGAACUUUUGGAUCGGCAGGUUCUGGUUUUACAAUUACACCUCAUGUUAUCACUGUGGAAAAAGGAGAGGACAUAGCACAAAAAAUAGUUUCAUUUACUCGGCAAGGUCCAAGAACUGUUAGCAUCAUGUCUGGCUAUGGUGUUGUAUCCAAAGUGGUGCUUGUACGAGCUGCCACGACUGAUGAAACUGUGACACAUGAGGGACAGUUCGAUAUAGUGUCUCUAUCUGGUUCCUUCAGGGAAUCCAUAAUUGGCGAUGAGGAUAGCUGGACGGGUGCAAUAACCAUAUCUGUAGCUAGAGAUGGAUUGGUGUUAGGUGGUAACGUGAUCGGUGAUCUGACGGCUGCAUCAACAGUCCAGAUUAUUCUUGGCACUUUUGUUGAGGAGUCGGAAAGAGCCAAUAGCCCACCAGCCCAUGGGACUUUUAGCGAGUCGUUUGGGCGCCCAGGCAGCCCCCUCAAUCAUGGAGAUUCCAACAAUGCGAACAUGCAAGGCAUCUCAAACAUGCCUUAGAAGUUGCCAACAAAUGUUAAAGGAAGCGAAGUAGAAAGAUUUUGAACUGAAUUUGAAGAAACAGAAGUAGUUCUGCACGCAGGCCUGAAUUCUUGGCUAUAAGCUGAGGGUAUCUUUUGGAAAGCUUUAUUUUCUGCUGCUAUCUUUCAACUUGGACUUGGAAAAGAAGAGUUACCAUUGAAAAGUGCUCCAGUCCUGAUUUCACGGCUUGUUGAAGAUUUUCUUCUUUUAUGGAUUCUUCUAUGCUUUCUACUUCGGUUUUGUUUUGUUUGAACGUUUUUAGGCUAAGUUUUACAUCUAAUGUUUUGAUGAAACUUUUUGUGUUGGAUGAUUCUU